GCCUCCAUUUCGCCUUCUCCAUAGACUGCAGCAGCGAGCGAGAGCACUCUGCAAUUAGGGUUUCUUCUCCCCCUCCCUGCUUCCUUCCAGAGAACACCAACCAUGGCGGCAGUAGCGGCUCCAACGCCCACCGAGUCUGUCCAGUGCUUCGGCCGCAAGAAGACCGCGGUCGCCGUCACCCACUGCAAGCGCGGAAGGGGGCUCAUCAAGCUCAACGGCACUCCAAUCGAGCUCGUGGAGCCGGAGAUCCUCCGCUUCAAGGCCGUCGAGCCCAUCCUCCUCCUCGGGCGACACCGCUUCGCCGGCGUCGACAUGAGGAUCCGCGUCAAGGGAGGCGGUCACACCUCUCAGAUCUACGCCAUCCGUCAGAGCAUCGCCAAGGCCCUCGUUGCUUUCUACCAGAAGUUCGUCGACGAGCAGAGCAAGAAGGAGAUCAAGGACCUCUUGAUCAGGUACGACAGGACUUUGCUGGUCGCUGAUCCCAGGCGCUGCGAGCCCAAGAAGUUUGGUGGACGUGGUGCCCGUUCAAGGUUCCAGAAGAGUUACCGUUGAGAUUCUGCUGUUUCUUGGCAAUGGAUGGUUUUGAUUUCUGCAAUGGAUGGUUUCGAAUAUGAUACUGUUAUCUGCCAUAUUGCUCUGCUAUCUGUGAUCGUUUCAUGAAUGCUUGUGUGAUUUGUUUCAUUGUCUUGCCGAAGUAAUGUGUGUUGGGAGCAAAAUAAGAUUUGGUAUUUGUUGAAAUGCUCUGCUUAGAUCUUGUGUAUCCAUUGCUGGAUCGGUAAUGGUUGUGGGUUUAGUGUUUCUUCAUGUCUGUGUGCUUCUAUAGUUGCUAGUAGUUUCUGCUGUAGGACACGAACACCUGCGCAACAAAGUGCCUUGAUGUGUCGUUGCAGAACCUUGAUGGUCGACUCUGUUUUCGAUCAUUUGAAGAACAGUUGAAAUGUCGAAACCCAG